GAAGAGCGGUCGCACAGUUGAACCGCAAGAUUUGUCGGUCGUAUAAUUGAGAAGUAAACGAAGCAUUAAAAAUGAAGGGAAAAGUGAUGUAUUUGGUGGGAUUUUUGGCAGCGGUCGCCGUCGUUGCAUCGAGCAGCGUUGUUCCGGUCCCGGCGAUCCAGGAUGAGAUCGAAUUGAAGGCGAACCUUUCGCACAAUUUGGAAGUCGGAACUCACGAGAACGGGGAACGUUUGGUACUGAGACAAAAUGUCGUUAAACCUUCGAAGUGGCUGCAAGUCGUGACGGUCAAUCAAACCUUCAAGGUCGGUAGUUAUCAGCGGAUCACCGUUGCGAGAGCACUCGAUCAGAAGGUCAAUGGAAACGGAGCCACUCCGAGCCUCACCGCCGGAGGUCCCGGUUCCAACUACGUCACGUUUCUCUUCACGAGCAAGCGAGGACACAGCGUUAACUUCGUCGUCGAGCUGUACGCCAAGUAAUCAAAUAUAAAUUUUCAUCGAUUUGCGCUUCGUCGCAUCGCCCUAUAAUCCGUGGCGAUAACCACUAUCCGCGUCUUCGGCAACGCCUUCGUUUCCACGAUCUGUUUGAAACAAGAUUUUCCCUAUAGAAAGAAACAAUAAACUUCUCGUCGUUUCAUUGGAUUUUGAAGAAUUUAAUAAAAACUUUUAUUUUCA